GACACAGAGCUUGAGCUCAAGGUCUUCCUCGGUCACUGGCUCUCUGAGUGACCUUGGCUAAGUCCCUUGUCUUUUCUGUGCCUCAGUUUGUUCAACUGCACAGUAAAGGAUGGACCCUUCCAGCCUCCAAUAGGUGAGGGCCUCCAUUCUCCUGUGCUGGCUGCCAAAGACAGGAGAAGCUGAUGAGUGCAGGUGGAGAGGUCCCAGUGCCCCAGCUCAUGGCUGGCUUUGCUUCAGAACAGAUGGCAGUGGCCUGGUUCCCCCCCAGGGGACUCCGGCCACAGCCUGCGCCCCAGCCUCAGCCCUGAGGAGGAGGGGGGCUCUGGGCCGGGCGUCCAGGGCUACUCGGUGCUCAGCAGCCUGGUGGGGCCCGCCUGCAUCUUCCUGCGGCCCAGCAUCGCUGCCACUCAGCUUGACCGGGAGCUGCGGCCGGAGGAGAUUGAAGAGCUGCAGGUCGCUUUCCAGGAAUUUGACCGAGACCAGGACGGCUACAUCGGCUACCGGGAGCUGGGAGCCUGCAUGCGGACACUGGGUUUCAUGCCCACUGAGAUGGAGCUCAUCGAGAUUUCACAGCAAAUCAGUGGUGGGAAGGUGGACUUUGAUGACUUUGUGGAACUGAUGGGCCCCAAGCUGCUGGCAGAGACGGCAGACAUGAUCGGCGUCAGGGAGCUGCGGGACGCCUUCCGAGAGUUUGAUACCAACGGGGAUGGUUGCAUCAGCUUGGGUGAGCUCCGGGCAGCACUCAAGACCCUGCUGGGGGAGCGCCUCAGCCAGCGGGAUGUGGAUGAGAUCCUCCAAGACAUGGACCUCAACGGGGAUGGCCUGGUCGACUUUGAAGAGUUUGUGCGAAUGAUGUCUCGCUGAGCCUGCACGGAAGCUGGAGGCAGCAGAGAGGAUUUGGGGCCACAGCCACUGUCCACCAGUGUGUUCCUGGCAGCCGAUAGCUUCUAGUUAGCCCCCUCCAUCUCUCCUCCCCACCUGUGUGCAAUGCCCUUGCCUGCCCUCACCCCCACCCCUACUCCUCCACCAAGCCCCUUGUCCAUCUGUUUGUC